AUGUCGACCUGUGUUGGCCCCGUGUCCCUGCGUUCGUGUGGGUCUCACGACCGCUGCAUCAACGAAGGAGGCGCUGGGAAGCUGAGUCUCCCAAUCUACCAGCAGAUCCAAAACGGCGAGAUCGUCCUUCGCUAUACUACCACCCACCUCAAGUAUACCUCAUAUACCACGAGUGAGGAGGUAUAA